AUGCUUGCACCGUCGAAGCCUCGGGGAUAUGGAUCCUCAGACAAUACCUUCUAUCCAAUGGUUAUACUAGGAGCCGGUAUGGGGGGCAUUGGUAUGGCUUGUCAACUGAAAGAUAAGCUUGGUUUCGACCAGUUUCGUCUUUUUGAGCGCCAGUCCGGCAUUGGAGGGACUUGGUGGAUAAACAGAUACCCUGGUGUCGCAUGUGAUAUCCCAGCAAUAUUUUAUUCGUUUUCUUUUCAUCAGAAUCCCAACUGGUCAUCAUUCUUUCCUAGUGGAGAAGAAAUACUGCGGUAUCAGCAAUCAAUCAUCGAAAAGUAUCAGCUUAUCGACAAGAUACAGCUGAAUUCUGACGUUGUCCACUGUCAGUGGGAUGACUUUAAGAAUGAAUGGGAAAUAACUGUUCGCCAUCUGGUUCCUGAGAUCGUACGGUGUAAAGUACUUGUGAGUGCGGUUGGGGGCCUGGUAGAACCACGAGGCUGGCCCUCAGAUGUUACAGGCCAUGACAAAUUUCAGGGUGAAAUUUUUCAUUCAGCCAGAUGGAAUGAGAAUAUUAACCUCUCUGGAAAGAACGUUCUGGUAGUAGGUACAGGCUGCAGUGCGGCUCAGAUUGUUCCCAAACUUCUUGCUGAAAAGGGCGUCAAAAGAGUAACCCAAGUAAUGCGGGAGGCGCCUUGGGUUGUCCCAAGAUUAACACCGCCAUUUGGAGAUGAAGGUUGGAACAAGCUUGCGCCAAGACUAUUCAGCACAAUCCCUGGUCUGAUGAACUUUAUUCGAAAGAUUGUCGCCAUUCAAAUUGAUGCUACCUUUGCUUAUUUUGGCGCAUCAGAGUCCAGCCAACGAGCACGGGAGAAGCUACGAGAUGAUUUACUUGCUCAUCUUCACAAGACUGCUCCAACAAAAUAUCACCAAAUUCUCACUCCCAAUUACGAUGUCGGCUGCAAGCGCCGGAUAUUCGACACCGACUGGUUCCCAAGUCUAUCUGAUCCCCGGCUCGAACUCACUACUCUGGGGCUCAAAAGUAUGGAAGAAAGAGAGAUACCAUGUGAUGUUAUUAUCCUUGCCAACGGCUUCGAAGUAAGCAGUUGGUUCCACCCACUAAUGGUAGUCGGAUUAGACGGAAAAAGUUUGAACUCUGUCUUUGAUAAGAGAGGAGGUCCUCAGAUGUAUAAAGGUACUGCGUUAGAUGGAUUUCCAAACUUUUUUGCCUUGUUUGGCCCGAAUUCGUUUAGCGGACAUUCAAGCGUCAUUUUGGGCCUUGAAAACCAGAUCAACCAUGCUAUUAAGCUCAUCCGCCCACUGCUACAGAACGAUAUUGCGAAGAUUGAUUUAAAAACAGAGGCAGCGUUAUCUUACAACCAAGAAAUACAGGCCGCGUUGAAGAAUAUGUUAACUAUCCGUAUAGCAUGUUGUGGCAAAGCUGGACAUGUCUCUAUCCUACAUGGUCUCACUGGAAUGUAUCAUGGACUUUGCAAGGCCGUAGGAAGAGAAAUGUCCGUAUAUUCCGACGACUUGCCCUCUUGA